AUGGAAUCUCUUAUCAAUGCAGCGAGAGCAAGGUCUGAUAAUGCUAUAAUUAACUCAUUCUUGAGCCGACUCAGAAAUUUAAAGAACAGCAAAACCAUUAGCGAAAGUGCCAUUGAUGCCUUGACUAAGGAUCUUGAAGAAUACGUGUCUGUCCCUCAAUGGUUUGUGGACAACAUCAAGAUAUGUUUGCACUGGUGGGGAACCUUCGACUGGUAUCAGUGUGGCGGGGGAGGCGUCACUCCUCAAGACCUGUGUGCUAACGUCAACCAGAUGACCCGCUGGUACCAGGACUGGACAGAUAAUAGGUGGGGUGGCUGUAAGAUGCAAUGGGCGAUCUUCUCGUCUAAGUCACACCCACCGGCAUGGCUAAGCAAAGUAAAGAUGUGCUUUCAGUGGUACGCUGAGAAUAACAUUAAUGAGUGUGGAGGACAUAAGGGUACAACCUAUUGCUCUGAUAUCAACUCAUACACCCAUGCAUACUUUGACGACACAGGUAGCCGCUCAGGUGGUUGUCAAAUGCGGUGGAUGAUUCAAGUCCCUGACGACGCUCCUUACUGGAUGAAAGCGGUACAGAUGUGUUACCACUGGGAGGCUAAUGGUAACUCUAAACAGUGUGGUGGAAGCGCCCCACCACGCCAGUGUGUGUUGGCCAAUCAGUGGACCCAGUACUAUCUCGACGACACCGAUGACCGCCCUGGAGGCUGCAUGAUGAGCUGGGGUUUGAAAACUUCAUACUGA